GAGAAGGAAUAGACACAGCCCUCUAUCCAGCUGAACAAAUAGAUAUUUUCUGAGCUCACUCAACAGCAAACGAUUAUUAUUUAAUUAAAAUAUUUAUUUCUGAAGUAAAAUAGGCUUAUUUGAACACAGUUUUGUCUGGUAUCAUUACACUCAAUGGAUAUUUGGAAAUUCCAGCUGGUAAUAGUUACCCUGUAUUCCCUGGUGUAUACAUGUCAGGGAUUGUCUUUUAGUGUUGACAAGGAACACUGGGUAUCCAAAGACUGGCAGCCACUGGAGAAGAGGUUGGCCCGCCAAGUGGCUAGUCUGAUUAAGAGAUCUAAAGCCCAUCAGUUCUACGGGCUCAUGGGCAAACGCUCAGAUGAUCAGCCGCAGCCUAUUGGAGUGAAUAGAAGACGAAAUAAAGGGGAGAUGUUUGUUGGACUUAUGGGAAGAAGAGCAUCAAAUGGGGAAUCGUUCACAAGAAUCAUUCCAGAUGCUACAAGCACUGCGAUCGAUAUCGCCGAAGGAUCACACACACAACCAGAUUCACAAGAGGCAUGGGACCAACUCCUGUAUGACUACAGCUAA